AUGUCUUUCAGAAAAAGAGGUGAAGUUCUCAAUGGAAGAGAACCUACAUCCAGAACUAUCCCUGGUAGGGAACCUCUGAAUAAUGCUCGAAGAAUCCCAGGUACAGCGGCAGCGGCUAAUGGAAGAGCUCCUGUAAUAAGGUCUGUAAGAGGAGGACAAACCAUCCCCCCUACUGCAAGAAUGGCAAACUUAAAUAUGGGAACGCCACAACCUGGUCAUACUAUACCAAAGGAAGUUGCAUCAGAGGAUGAGGAAGAAGAAGAGGCACUGGAUUAUAUUAAUCAUCCAGGUAUUAGACCAUCACCUGUAAGUGCAAAUUUAGUAACAUCCACUGGUAGUGAGGAUUUAGAUAAGGUUUUAACUCACCUCGGACUUCCUUUAGGGAAUUCUAUAUUGGUACAAGAACAAGGAACUACUGAAUUUAAUUCCAUCCUAUGCAAAUUAUUUGCUGCGCAAGGGAUCGUACAUAAUAGGCUCGAUACAGUACCUGGUUCCAAGUCUGGUAAUACACAUUUGAUUGUACUGUCAUUGAAUCAAGGUUUCGCUAAAGAACUCCCUGGUGUCUACAAAGGAUCUCGUAAAGAUGUCAAAAAGUCAAUGAUCUCAGAAGAACAAUCCAAGCUUUCUGUCCAAAACCUGAAUGAACAAAAGGCUACACCACAAAGGUAUAAAGAUUUCAAGAUUGCAUGGAAAUAUAAAUUUGCAGAUGAAAAGAAAGCUGGAAAGGAUAUUUCCAACAACGAAACGGAAUACAAAGGUUAUAACCAUCAAUUUGAUGUCACAUCAAGAAUGAUCCCUGCUCCAAAUAGUUCAGAUAUCACGUUCAUAUCUCCAAUUCAACCUUUACAGAAUGUCAUCACACAAGUGGAAAGGACAAUAAAGACUCAUGAUCAUAAACUUAUAAGAAUUAUAAUUCCAUCUCUUUUGCAUCCUGCCAUGUACCCACCAAAGAUGUUUAAUUUGAAUGGGAUAAUAGCAUUAUUGCAUGGAUUAAGAAGUAUCGUUAAGAAGUUUGAAUCCAGAUGUGUUCUAAUGGGUACGAUUUCAUCAGAUUUCGUUACUCCAUUAUUAUUGGUGCAGAUUGAAAAUUUGUUCGAUUCAUCAAUUAAAUUAGAACCAUUCCCACAAGAAAUGUUACAAUUCUUAGAGAACGUUUAUAAAGCUCAACCUAAUAAAGUUCAACACGGUUUAUUACAUGUGCUGAAGUUGCCUAUUUUUAGUGAACGUGGUGAAAUGCGUGUAGCUAAAUCAGAAUGGGCUUUCAGAAAUGGUAGAAAGAGAUUUGAAAUUGAAGAAUGGAGUAUACCUGUGGAUGAUGCUGAUGAUGAUAGUAAUAAGAAGAAUGAGCAAUCGAUGAACCGUCCUGAAGAUGAUCCAUCAUCAAAGGCUAAGAAAAGUACUAAGAUUUCUUUAGAAUAUUAA